CCUAGGACUUUGAAUAUGUUGGGGAUCGCCCUCAGAAGACUCGCCCAGAAGAGGAAAGCUUGGAGGAAAGACCACCCAUUUGGUUUUGUAGCUGUCCCAACAAAAACCCCCCAGGUCACGAUGAACCUCACGAACUGGGAGUGUGCCAUUUCAGGGAAAAAAGGGACCCCUUGGGAAGGAGGCUUGUUUAAACUACGCAUGCUCUUCAAAGAUGACUAUCCAUCCUCACCUCCGAAAUGCAAGUUUGAACCACCAUUAUUUCACCUGACUGUGUACCCUUCGGGCACGGUGUGCUUGUCUAUCCUCGUGGAAGACAAGGACUGGAGGCCAGCCAUCACAAUUAAGCAGAUCUUAUUAGGAAUACAGGAACUUCUAAAUGAACCAAAUAUUCAGGAUCCAGCUCAAGCAGAGGCCUACACAAUUUACUGCCAAUACAGAGUGGAAUAUAAGAAAAUGGUUCGAGCCCAAGCCAAGAAGUUUGCACCCUCAUAA